AUGACAUCUCAACAAUCCAAACCAACUCCAUUUCUCAAUGCAAAUGGAUGGUCAAGAUUAUUUCAUAGUUGGAUACCACAGUUACUUGAUAAAUCUCACAAACAGAAAACGCUCAAUUUAGAUGAUCUAUAUGAUCUCCUUCCUCAAUAUAAAUCAGUCGCACUUACGGAAAAAUUAAAAAAUAAUUGGAUAGAUGAUAUAAAUAGUCAUCCAAAUAAACCAAGUCUUCUUCGUGCUACAGUUCGUACAACGGGUUGGAAACCAUUCUUAAUAGGAUGUUUACUUCUUCCUGAAAGAAUAGCUUCUGUUAUUAAACCAUUGUUAAUUAUAUUUUUAAUGGAUUUUUUUGAACCAUGUUCCACUAUGUCGAUUAAAUUUGCAUGGUUUUUAGCUAUUCUCUGUGUGUUAAUUACUCUAUUUUCAAGUUUUUUUCAUCAUAGAUUUUAUUAUUCAAUUCAAGUAUAUGGGAUGCAAAUGCGUGUUGCUUAUCAUGGUUUAAUCUAUCAGAAAAUUCUUUCCUUAUCAAGUCAUUCUUUGAAUAAAUUCAGUUCAGGUGAAAUUACUAAUUUAUUUUCUAAUGAUGCUGAUCAAAUUGACAGAGCAAUAAAUAAUAUAAAUCAUUUAUGGCUAGCUCCAAUUGAUAUUAUUGCUAUGAUUAUAUGUUUCUGGUAUUUUAUUAAAUAUGUCACGUUCGUUGCUAUUGGUUAUACACUAGUACUUGUUUUAGUCGUUUCUCUUGUUGGUCGUAUUUUAGUACGUUUUCGUACUAAAAUUUUAGAACAAACGGAUCAACGAGUGAAAAUCAUGUCGGAAAUAAUUAAAUCGAUGCGUAUUGUAAAAAUGUAUUGCUGGGAAUCAGCAUUUGAAAAAAAAAUUUCUCUCGUAAGAAAACAUGAGAUUAUUCGAUAUGGUCUUACUGUUAUUCUUGAUUCUAUUCAUUUACUUUUCUCACAUUCAUAUGUUUGUAUGACAUUUAUGAUUAUGUAUGGCACAAUGUGGUCACUUGGAAUACACUUUGAUACACGAUUCUUUACUAUUGCAUCAUGUAUGCUCAUGCACUUAGCAAAUGCACUUCUGAGUAUUGGUUAUGCUAUACGUCAUUUGGCGAACUAUUUACCAGCUGCAAAACGAAUUCAAGUUUGGUUUUGA